AUGAAAGCAUUCUUUCCUUCUAAACUUAGAAUUACAGUUCUACCAGAUACCAAAUCUACAGACGUUAAAAGAAUCAACAACACAAACAUUAUCUCGGGUGCUGAUGGUGAAUUUAUAAAACUAUUGUCACGAGCGCUAAAUUUCGAAUAUGAAAUUCUUGUUCCCUCAGAUCAUUCGUACGGUUCCAAGGAUGCAUUCGGAAACUGGACUGGAAUGGUGGGAAUGGUUGCAAGGAAUGAAACUGACAUGGCAUUCAGCUAUAUAACUGUUACCGAAGAGAGGUCGACUGUUGCAGAUUUCAGCGUGCCUUACUUCAAUCUUGAUAAAACGUUUCUAAUGAAUCACGCUUCUCUCUUGCCGAAAACAGCGGCAUUCACGUAUCCUUUCAGCAUUCUCACAUGGAUUUUAUUUUUUGUCGUACUGCUCUUUGUGACAGUGCUAUUUAGAGCUUUGAUUUCGCCAAAAGAGUCAAUAAUUUCGGUUUUCAUCAACUUGUGGGGAUCUUCUUUCGGGCAAGGAAUAAGCUACAACCCUCGUUCAAUGUCCAGGCGGAUACCACUUGGAAUUUGGAUCCUUUAUUCAUAUUUUCUGAUUUUGGGUUACAGCUCAGUUCUGUUAUCGUUUUUGACUUCACCAAUCAAAAUGAAACAAAUAAAAGAUUUCAAAGAUCUCUAUGCCGAAGUCAGAAAAGGAAAAAUGGAGUGUCUAGCAGCGGGACCCACCCUUGAAGCAGAUUAUUUGUCGCAAAGCAUUGUACCUCAUUUCAAAGGAUUGGGGGAAUACAUUAAAGAAAAUAAAUGGUAUUACUUUCUUAAUAUCACGCGUGUUCCUGAAAAAGUAGCAAUACUUGGGACACCCGUUCUAUUUCGAUUACUUUUGGGACCCCCGGAAAUGUACUUUUAUUCGAAAGAUGUUUUUGGAAGUUUUCCUUCAGGUUUUGCAAUCAGGAAAGAUUUUUGCUUGCAAAAAGCGCUUCAAUGA